AACCGAGUCGACCCAUCAGGCCAAUUACAUGCAGUUUCAGAUCGCGGCGCAUUAAUGGGCAAUCGAGGAAUUCUGCACAACGCAGAAAACCAAAUUAUUCGGCCAUGGGCCCACAAAUCUUGGGUAACCUGCCUUCUUUCUUACAAGAACAUUAAGCGCUCAAAACCGUUUUCUGCAGGAAACUAUUCUGAACUUUUCUUCCUUGAUGAAGCAACCGCUUUUGCGGCUGGCCAUCGCCCGUGCAGCUACUGCCAGCGGGAACGAAGCAAGUUAUUCAAAGCUGCAUGGUUAAAUGCAAACGCGCCCUGCACUGAGCAUUCAGACAUCAGCAUGCCAAAAUUGGACGCGCAGCUACAUAAAGAGCGUUCGCUUCGCGGCGGAACGAAGAUAACCUAUCAGGAAUCGGUAGGCACCCUCCCAAAGGGUGCGAUGUUUGCUCACAAUGGAUCAUUUUUCUUGGCUAGUGAAAAUGGCUAUCUUCCGUGGACAUUCAGUGGUUAUGGCUCCGCUAUAGAUUUAAGCCCAACCACAUCGGUGUCUGUUCUCACCCCAAAAUCCAUAGUGGCGGCGUUUACACAUGGCUUCCAACCAUAUCUUCACCCAAGCGCCAGCGUCUAA